AUGUCCACUCCUUCUGACGACCGCACUCGCUUCCCAAUUCUCCAUGAAUUCUUAGAUCUCAUCCGCCAUGGAAAACACCACAAUCAUGCAAAGCAGGACAACCCGCCCGCUGCAGAGCGAGAAUCUCGAUUUUCAUCUAGUUCGACACGUGCACAGCAUCACCAGCAGGCGCAGCAGCAGCAACCGCAACAACAACAAGCGCUGCUAGUAAACGCCCAGAACACCCACGCUGGACAACAACCGAUACCACAACCAAGAGAAGCUGUAGAACAGAUUGUCCUUGAAGAGAAAGAAGCAAAGGCAAAGAUGCCCGUGUACAAGGGUCUCGAGCAGUUCAAGCUGCUCGAUAAGAUGGGAGACGGUGCCUUUUCCAAUGUUUACAAGGCUUUAGAUCUCUCCACCGGUAAAAAAGUAGCUGUCAAGGUCGUCCGCAAAUUCGAGCUCAAUGCUGCCCAGCGCUCAAACAUCCUCAAAGAGGUCCAAAUCAUGCGAGGAACCAACCAUCCCGCCAUCGUCAGAUUGCUGUCUUUCUCAGAAUCUCCGGAGCAUUACUUCAUAGUGCUCGAACUCAUGGAAGGAGGAGAGCUCUUCCACCAAAUUGUCAAGCUUACAUAUUUCUCUGAGAACCUAUCAAGGCACGUUAUCUUGCAGGUUGCACAAGGUAUACGUUACCUCCACGAAGAACGAGGGGUCGUACAUCGUGACAUCAAACCAGAGAAUCUCUUAUUCGACCGUAUACCCAUCGUACCGUCGAAGCACCCAGUCAAACGGCCCUACGAUGAAGAGAAAGAAGACGAGGGCGAAUUCAUUCCAGGAGUAGGCGGCGGCGGCAUCGGUCGUGUGAAGAUAGCAGAUUUCGGUUUGAGUAAGGUCGUCUGGAACGAAGAAACAAUGACUCCUUGUGGAACAGUAGGCUACACGGCCCCCGAGAUUGUCAAGGACGAGCGCUACAGCAAAAGCGUCGAUAUGUGGGCUUUAGGCUGUGUCCUCUAUACCCUUCUUUGCGGUUUCCCUCCAUUUUACGACGAGAGCAUCAACGUACUCACGGAGAAAGUCGCACGAGGAUACUAUACUUUCCUCAGCCCAUGGUGGGAUGAUAUCAGUGGCUCAGCAAAGGACCUGAUAUCGCAUCUGCUCUGCGUUGAUCCGGCGCAACGAUACACCAUUGACGAGUUUUUGAGCCACCCGUGGUGCACGGCUUCACCAGCUCCACCGCCACCACCUACACCAAAUGUGUACGGCAAAGCUUCGUUCCUAGGCGGGCGUCCGUUGGAUUCGCCUCUAUUGACUGCCGCUCGCGGCGGACUGGUCGAAGGGAGAAGCCCUGGUUUGGCAAAUUUGAAGGAGGCCUUUGACAUCACUUAUGCGGUGCACCGUAUGGAGGAAGAGGGUGCCCGGCGGAAAUUAUACGGUGGUAGACAGAGGCUGGCGGGGCUCAACGAGGAAUCCGACGAAGAGGACGACGACGACGAUACAGAAGAUGAAAUAGAGCAAGCGAAGCAGCAGUCGAGGAGUGCAGUUAUACCAGGCCAACGUCAAGCAAACCAAUAUCGUACGGGCGAUGAUCAGCGAAGAGACUUCGAUGCUGGGUUAGCAGGUAUUCGUGAUCAGGGCCAUCACGGGUAUGGUGGGCAAAGACGAACGCGCAAACCUGUCGGCGGAGGAACGAAAGGUUUCGAACUCGACAUGCAGGCUGCCACUUUGCUCGGUAGAAGGCACCAACGCGGUGGUGCUAUGAACGUGGCUAGCCCACUUUCAGGCAAACCCAUGAAUCUCAAUACGGGACACGACUCUCCAAAUAGCGGCAGGCAAGGCAGCCCAAUGCACAUCGGAUAG